AUGUACUUUUCGAAAAGGGAAAGCAUAGAAACACCUUUUUUUUCCAAGGUGAUGACUGAGAGGAAGUUUGCACUUAUAUGUAAGUUCCUACAUUUUUCUAAUAAUAACGAAAUUGACGAAAACACUUCUCAGAGGAAGCUAUUCAAAAUUAAACCUGUUCUAGAUCACCUUCAAAAAAGGUUUAUGGAGGUUUACAUUCCUGAACAAAACAUUUCCAUUGACGAGUCACUACUAGGUUGGAAAGGUCGCCUAACGUGGAAACAGUACAUCCCAUCGAAAAGAAAAAGGUUUGGGAUAACACUAUUUAUUUUAGCUGAAAGCUCAUCAGGCUACACCUAUAACUUUUUGAUAUAUACCGGAGCUGAUACAAACUAUGGCGACAGCUUCGCGAGUGAACCUUUAUCAGCUAGAGUGGUAUUAGAACUCUCAAAUAAUAUCUUAGAUAAAGGUUAUUGUCUGUUUCUCGAUAACUACUAUACUAGCGUGGACUUGGCAGAAAAGUUAUCGAUGAGGCGCACAGAUUGUGUUGGCACAAUGAGGUUGAAUAGGAAAGGUAUACCAAAAGAGCUGAAGGAGAAAAAGUUGGAACACGGAGAAGCAUAUGCCUUAUUUAGGAAGAAAAUUAUGUUGCUGAAGUAUAAAGAUAAAAAAGAAAUAGUGAUGAUAAGUACUUUACAUGACAAUCAGUUUGUAGAGAAAACAAAAAGAGGGAAGGUAAUGAAAAAGCCAGUAGUUAUAGAGCAUUAUAAUAAAAAAAUGGGUGGAGUAGAUUUGACAGACAAUAUGCUCCAUUUUUAUGCAAUGUCACGUACACACCUCAAAAAAUAUUACAGAAAAAUAUUUCUUCAUUUCUUAGAUAUAACUGUAUUAAACAGUUACAUCCUUUACAAAAAACUUUGUGGUAGGAAGUCACGUCUGAACUUUGUAAUAGAUUUAGCUGAAAAACUGAUAGAAAAAUAUGGAAGAGAUAAGAAUUGUAAUGCAGGUAGACGAUCAAAAACUCAAAAACAAAAAAUGCAAGUCGGCUGA